AUGUUUGAGGUGAAUGAGAACUACACGCGUGUGUCAGAGUUUGUGAUCGUGGGCUUCCCGGGGCUCCAUCCAUCCUUAAACCAGCUGGUGGCCUGGUUCUUCUUCUUCAUCUAUGUGACCACGGUGGUGGGGAACAUCCUGCUGGUGGUGCUGUUUGCCCUGGAGCGCAGCCUGCAGAAACCCAUGUACAUCAUCAUGCUCAGCCUGGCACUGUCAGAUAUAGGCGUAUGCACGGUGUCCCUUCCCAAAGUGAUAGCUCGGUACUGGUGGGACGACGCUGGCAUCUCUUUCUAUACGUGUCUGAUACAGAAACAAUUCAUCCACUACUUUGGAACACUCACCUCUCUCAUCAUGAUGACCAUGGCUAUGGACCGAUACCUGGCUAUCUGCUUCCCUCUCAGGUACACAGAGCUGAUGACCAACAGGACCAUGUCUCUCCUAACAGCCCUGUCCUGGGUGUCAGCCAUGAUAGUUCCAGGCGUCACCACCAUCCAGACAUCCCAGAUGCCUUUCUGUGGGCCCAACCGCAUCAUCCACUGCUACUGCAACACCUUGUCAAUGAACCAGCUGUCGUGUGCUGACAUCUCGUCCCAGAGCAGAGUAUCCGUCUCACUAUCCAUGUUCGUCCUCUUCCUCCCCUUCAGCUUCAUCGUCUUCUCCUAUGUCAACAUCAUCGUCAGCGUGAUGCGCAUGGCUAAAGCACAGGGCAGGCUGAAGACCUUCUCUACCUGUGCUACUCAGGGCUGUAUCAUCCUUAUUUACUACAUCCCCCGCUUCGUAGUGAACGCUACACCCAUCGACCCCAACCUGACCAUGACCCCUGACCUCCGCAUCGGCCUCACCCUUGUACACAGUUCCCAGCUGUGUAUCAUCUCUCUGUACUACGUCCCCCGGUGCUGUGUCUACACCAGCAGCAUCCUCAACUUCUCCAUCAGCCAGGACUUUGUUAUCGGCCAAACCUUCCUCUACAGUCUGCUACCGCCCCUCCUCAACCCCUUCAUCUACUGCCUCCGUACCAAGGAGAUCAAGGCUUCCCUGGCCAAGUGGGCCUACCGAGUGCAGUCCAACGCACAUCACAAACCCUCCAUCCACCCCAUAGCCUGCUGA